UUCCUCUCCCGCCAUAACCAUUUCUCCCUUUUCUCUCUCUCUCUCUCUCUCUCGCUCUCUCAUUUAUAACUACACUCGAGCCUUCAAAGCCUCUCUCCCUAACCCCAUACACAAGGCAGCUGUUUAACAGCAAUGGUUGUCCCCACCCCUGCCCCCCGGGCCAGGCCGGAGAAGAUCCAGGCUGUCGAGCUGCCCGUCAUUGACCUCUCCCGCCGGUACGAAGCUCCCGGACUCAUCGUGGCCGCGUGUGAGACGCACGGCUUCUUCAAGGUCAUCAACCACGGGGUGCCACAGGAGAUCAUCGCCCCGGUUGAGGAACAAAGCCUAAGGUUCUUCAACAAGCCCAGCUCUGAGAAGCUCAAGGCCGGCCCCAUGAAUCCUUUUGGGUACGGGUCCAAGAACAUCGGGUUCAACGGCGAUAUAGGGGAGGUGGAGUAUCUUCUCCUUGGCGCAAACCCUAAUCUCUUUGAUAUUUCUCAGCGGGCCAAGAACAUCUCCGACGACGAUCCAGCAAAAUUCAGUUAUGAAGUGAGUGAAUAUAUCACGGCUGUUAGAGACUUGGCAUGUGAUAUAUUAGAGAUGAUGGCCGAGGGGUUGUCAUUAGCUAACGCUUCGGCGUUCAGUGAGAUCAUCAGAGCUGUUGAUGGUGACUCCGUCCUCAGGCUCAACUACUACCCACGAACCGGCUGUGCAGGCGACCCUCGCUCCCCUGUGCUCUUUCGAAACAAGAGGAGAGAGGGAGUUAGUGCAGUGGGCUUCGGGGAACAUUCGGACCCUCAGAUGUUAACCGUACUUCGAUCCAAUGGCGUGGAUGGGCUCCAAAUCUCGUUGGAGGAUGGCGUGUGGAUCCCGGUUCCAUCUGACCCUUCUGCCUUUUGGGUCAAUGUAGGUGAUACCUUGCAGGCAAUGACGAACGGGAGGUUUAUGAGUGUGAGGCACCGGGCCGUGACGAACCCGCACGAAUCGAGGAUGUCGAUGGUGUACUUUGCGGCCCCUCCACUCCACGCCCAGAUCAUGAGCCCACCUGAGAUGGUCACACCGCAGAGGCCAGCCCUCUAUAGGCCUUUCACCUGGGCCGAGUACAAGAGCACAACCUACUCCCUUCGGCUUGGGGAUACUCGGCUCAACCUUUUCAAAACAGCCUAGUCUAAGGGCUCUCUUUCUAGGAUAAAUAGCGACAAGUACUGUUUUUAUCGUAUCGAAAGCGAUGUCUAUCACCGGUUGGGAAAUUUUGUUCGAAGCUAAUCACGUUUUUGGCUAACUUUUGUAAGCGGGUAAUUUGGUUUGGUUUAUGUGAUCAGUACUAAGACAGAACUCUUUUCUAUCAACAGACAUAUCUAACCUGAACAGUUCUAAUUUAUUGCUCUUUAAAUCC